CCAAACUUCAACUAGUAGAUAUCGAGAUCUAGAUACAUCUUCAUUUAUAUUACAUAGUGCCGGUAAUAGUUCUAAAGAUACUAGUUCCAAAGGAAGUAGUUCAAAAAAUGGUAGUUUUAAAACAUAUGAUACAGCACCCGAAGUGGAUAAAGAGAGUAAAUCAGAUCCAUAGUUGGUAGCGUGCGAUUUUUUUUUUUUUUUUUCCUUUUAGGUGAUGAAUCAAAAAUUUAUUUGCAUUUAAAGAAAGGAAGUGUAUAUAUAGAAUAGCAACCAAAUUUAAUAUAAUAUAUCAUAUCAUAUAAUGUCAAGUCAAAUACCGUCUCUGAUAGGGACAGAUGAUAGUCCUAGUCAAGAGUUACUUCGACAACAAGAUAAAUUAUCCUUUAAUAAUGAGAUUCAAGAGAUUGAACAAUCGAUAAUAAAUAGUUCACAAGUUCCAAAGAUUGGUAAAUCGAUCAAAGUUACUAAGAAUGAUUCGAUUAAGAAUCGUAUUACUCAAAUCACAACUGAAUUAGAGCAAGGUAAUUCUGUAUUAGUUACCAGUAUGUCCAAUAGUAUAAAUAAAGCCAUCAGUAUAAUAGAGAUUGUUAAACAGAAAUUAGCUGAGAAACAUGAGAAUAAAAUACAGAUUACUCAAUUUAAUAAGAUAACGAGCCAUUCCAGUACUAUUAAUCCUAAUUAUAAGUAUACUGAAAACCCGAAGAAUCAAAGAAUGAUAGCGAAUCCAUUAUUGCAAGAGAGAUUAGCUGAUAAUAAAGAUAAUAAUAAUCAUGAAAUAUUAAUUCAUGAACGUGAAGAGCAAAAGAUUAUAAAGAGUAUCAGAGGAUAUAAAGUAUAUCAAUUACCAGUGUUGCAUAAUUUGUUAGUAGUUGGCGAUGGUAAUCAAUACGAUUUAACUAAUUGGACCAUCCAACGAAGUUAGCCUAGUAAAUUGUAUAUAUAACUAAAGUCAAAAUAAAUAAAUAAAAUAAAACUAAUCACGUGCUGUCACACGUGACUUAAAAAUUAACCAAUUAAAAAACUAAUAACCAAAACUGAGUAAGAAGAGACCUCAGACAACAGACAGACCAA